AUACUAUUUCGCUUAAUCAAUAUACAUUAUCUUUACCAAAAUAUUGUGUUUUUUAUACCAGAAAAAUAGUUUAAUUAAUUCGAAGAUAUGAUAUAUUUUUUUAGUUUGAAACCACAUCUUAUUGGUAUUUUGGUGUGGAUAUCAUCCUUUUCAAAAAUUACAACAGCUAUAAUAGGACUUGAGGAAUGCCAAUUAACACCUGUUAUACAUGUUUUGCAAUAUACAGGCUGUAUUCCAAAACCUAUUCCAAGUUUUGCUUGCAUAGGUCGUUGUAGCAGUUAUUUACAGGUAUCUGGAUCAAAAAUUUGGCAAAUGGAGAGAAGUUGUAUGUGUUGUCAAGAAAGUGGUGAAAGGGAGGCAAGUGUGUCGUUAUUCUGUCCUAAAGCAAAAUUUGGAGAGAAAAAGCUAAGAAAGGAAAUAUCGCGGAAAGAUUGCUGAUUACCGACAUGGAAUAUUUCCAAAACAAAAUAGCUGAAAUGUUAUUCGAAAUACGUCGCCAGCGAGCGCCCAGUUACUUUUGUAGUCUAUA